AUGAAUAUGAAUAGUUCAGAAACAGGAUUGAACGCGGUGAACGAAUACCAAACGAACGUCAGUGGACUCGAAGCACAGGAGUUGCCUAUCCUUAGCGAUGAAAAACAGCAUACUGGAAAGGCUGAACAGCCGUCCGCCGAAAUCUCCCAGCCCGGUGAAGACUCUCUCUCUGAAACUAAAGCUGGCAGCCGGGGGUGGCGUUUCUGGGCUAUCUUCGUUAGCUUGGCUGUCACGGCCCUUUUGAGCGCAAUGGAAGGAGGCAUCAUGUCGACCGCGCUUCCGGCCAUUACGCGCUCUGUCAAUGCUAAAGAGGAUUAUGUCUGGGUCAUCAAUGUCUAUUUUCUUACCAGAAGCGCGGCUGUCCAGCCCCUCUACGGCCAGAUAGCCGACAUAUGGGGUAGACGAUGGCCGAUGAUGGUCUCCGUGGUAAUAUUCUCGGCGGGUUCCGCCGUUUGCGGCACUGCUAACUCUGCCCGUGAGUUGAUUGGGGGACGAGCAGUUCAAGGACUUGGUGCCGCCGGAAUCAACGUACUUGUCGAGGUCAUCUUGUGCGACCUUCUACCAUUGCGGGAGCGAGGACAGUUCAUGGGGUUUCUGUUCUUGUUCAUCGUUCUCGGCUCCGUUCUUGGUCCCUUACUUGGCGGCUUGAUCGUUGACCGCGUGUCUUGGCGUUGGGUUUUCUUCCUGAACCUGCCAAUCGGCGGGGCCUGCCUCGUCCUGCUGUUCUUUUCCCUCCAGCUCAAACACCGCGAGGACGAUGGAUCGACUCCUAUGGAAAAGCUUAAGAAGAUCGACAUUAUCGGCCUGUUGAUUCUCUGCGGAUCCGUCACAUCACUACUCUACGCCCUUACCUACGGCGGAGGUGCGAAAUAUUCCUGGUCUCACCCCGUGGUGAUCACGACACUCGUACUCGGUAUUCUCGGCCAUGGCCUGUUUCUUGCCUACGAAGCAUCGUCUUGGUGCCCUCACCCGGCACUGCCGAUAUCCCUCUUCCAGAACAGAACCUCGGUGGGCGCUUAUGUUGCGGAAUUCAUGCAACUCAUGGUGUCUACAGGCGUUCUCUACUUUCUUCCGUUAUACUUCCAGUCGACCCAGCUCGUAUCUCCUUCGAGGUCAGGAGUGCUUCUACUCCCGUUUUCCAUUACUUUCUGUAUAACGGCCGCAAUUGGCGGUGCCUUGGUCACCAAGCUCGGCAAGUUUCAAAUGGUCCAUGUCGCCAGCUAUGCCUUGCAGACCGUGAUUAUGGGGGUCUUUACGCUGCUCGAUCGCAACACAUCCCUGGCGGUAACGGUUAUCACGAGUUUGAUUGCCGGCGCCAGCGUCGGGCUUCCCAACGCGUCUCUUCUAACUGCUGUCCAAGUCGCUUUACCAGACUCGCUCAACGCCGCAAGCACCAGCGCGUUUGCAUUCAUUAGGAGCAUUGCCACCGUCUUCGCCGUUACUGUUCCGGCCGCCAUUUUCAACAGUCGGUUUGAUGAGCUACUUUCAUCUCAAGGCUUAGACUUAGAUCCGGCAGCGAAAGCGGGCCUGGAGCUUGGUCAGGCGUAUGAAAAAGCGUCACGAGGCUUUGUUGACUCGUUCACUGACCCAGAUCGAGGACUUAUCAUCAGCAUGUAUGAGAUGAGCUUGCGGCGAGUAUGGCAGAUACUGAUCGCGUUCGCGGGGAUCGGCCUGAUCGCUGUGCUUGCUGAAAAGAACUUGGAGACACGUACAGAACAAACGUCGGAUGAUUUUGGCAUCAAGGAGCGAGAGACAAAGGCUGAAUAG